UGCCUCCAGCCAAUCAAAACAUACCAGACUCAUUUCUUGCACUGGCUAGAUAAUCCAGCCACCUUCUCAGUUCGAACAAUCAAAAGUGCUACAAGAAACUGCCAUGGCAUCUCUAUUUCACCCUCCAAUUAAGCCAUUAUUGUACCAUCAUCAUUCUACAUCAUCAUCAUCAUCACUACCAUCCAUAACCCCUUCACCAAAAUCAUCUUCUAACACAAAUAGUUACCUGCCAAGAGCCCGGAAUUUGUUCUGCUCUGCUGAGUUUAGAAAAAGAAAAUCUUGCAUCAAAAGAGGCUGCAUUUGCAGGUCAGCCCUUGAUGAAGCCUCAGUGAAAUACUCUUCAGAAGCUGAGCAAUCAAAAGCUGAGCUUGUUAGCUCUUCAAAGCUUAAGUUAUUGAGUGCAGUUUCUGGGCUAAAUAGAGGGCUUGCUGCUACUGAAGAUGAUCGACAGAAAGCAGAUGCUGCUGCCAAGGAUCUUGAAUCUGUUGCUGGCCCUGUCGAUCUCUUGGUUGACAUUGAUAAACUGCAGGGAAGGUGGAAAUUGAUCUAUAGCAGUGCAUUUUCUUCUCGCACUCUUGGUGGAAGCCGUCCUGGACCCCCUACUGGAAGGCUUCUUCCUAUAACUCUUGGCCAGGUAUUUCAACGGAUUGAUGUCUUAAGCAAAGACUUUGAUAACAUAGUUGACCUUGAAUUAGGUGCUCCAUGGCCUCUUCCACCUGUCGAACUGACUGCUACUUUAGCCCACAAAUUCGAAAUUAUAGGUACUUCCAACAUCAAGAUAACAUUUGAAAAAACUACCGUCAAGACUGCUGGAAACUUAUCUCAGUUACCGUCGCUGGAGGUACCACGGAUACCAGAUUUUUUAAGGCCACCUUCUAACCGCGGAACUGGUGAAUUUGAAGUUACCUAUCUCGACUCUGAUACACGAAUCACAAGGGGAGACAGGGAAGAGCUAAGGGUUUUUGUCAUCUCAUAAUUUUCAAUGAUGAGUUCUAUCAUACCUGCAGUGACUGAUGCAUCUCUAUCAUACUUUCAGAGGCAAGUAGAUCUACUGUAACUGCAGAAACACGUAAAAACAGGCCCUUCUGCAUAUGUAUGCGCCCACAGACUUGCACUGGAAAACCUCAAUGACUAAUUUGUCACAAUUAAUUGUAUAGAGAUUCAUAGAUUUGUUUUUGAAGUGCAUCAAGAAAGCCAUGAAACUAUAUGUUCCGAGUGGUAUCUAUAGCCCCUUAAAUGGAACUAACUUGAUGCCAGAAAUAUAUUCAAUGAACCUCUUAUUUAUC